AUGGCCUCGACCGAAACCGAAACCGAAACUGCGGCUUUCUUCAGCAAAGCGAAUAAACACCUUAUAGGAACCGGAGUCCCAUUUUCUCCAGUUAUAAUCACCAAAGCCAAGGGUACCAAGCUUUACGAUGCAAAUAACAAUCAAAUUCUCGACUUCACCUCGGGCCAGAUGAGUUCGCUUCUGGGACAUUCUCACCCGGAGAUUGUCCAAGUUGUGCAAAAGUAUAUUGCGGAGCUAGAUCACCUCUUGAGCAAUAUGAUCACCUAUCCUGUCGUCGACCUAGCUGAACGUCUAUCUCGAAUUCUCCCUUUGCCUUUAGAAAAAUCCUUUUUCCUUAAUACCGGUUCCGAGUCAAUCGAAGCAGCUAUCAAAAUGGCAAAGUUAUAUACAGGACAGUUCGAAGUUGUUGCCUUUACAGCUAGCUACCAUGGCUUAACUCAAGGUGCAGGCUCUGCGACUUACUCUGCCGGUCGAAAGAGAGGAGGACCCUGUAUGCCCGGCCAGCUCGCCUUUCCAGCUCCAUAUGCCUAUCGAUCUCCAUUCCGCAAACCGGAUGGAUCGUAUGAUUGGGAGACGGAAAUGGACUUCGGCUGGUCAAUGGUAGAUCGACAGAGCGUGGGCUCUCUGGCUGCUUUCAUCAUGGAGCCAAUCCUCUCCACAGGGGGCAUUCUCGACCUUCCCCAAGGGUAUCUCCGACGUAUGAGCAUCGAGUGCAAGAAACGUGGCAUGCUUAUCAUUAUGGAUGAAGCUCAAACCGGAGUCGGUCGCACUGGGAAAAUGUUCGCUUUUGAGCACCAUGAAGUUGUUCCAGAUAUUCUCGCACUAUCGAAAACUCUUGGAUGUGGUCUUCCUUUGGCAUCGGUCAGUACCACAGCGGAAAUCGACCGAGGGUGCAAGGAAGUGGGGUUCCUGUGGCUUACUACUCAUCUUAAUGACCCUCUCACUGCCGCUGUAGGUAAUAAGGUACUAGAAAUUGUUGAACGAGAUGGUAUAUGCCAAGCGGCAACGGAACGUGGCGAACAGCUUCGUGAUGGUCUUCUCAAGCUUCAGCAAAAGCAUUGGUGUAUCGGGGAUAUCCGUGGCCGGGGACUACUACAGGGUAUUGAGAUAAUUUCAGACGCUAAAACCAUGGCUCCAGGUCCAGAUUUGGGCCAAGCGGUUUCUGACAGAGCAUUGGCUGCUGGCCUAUCGUGUAAUAUUGUCAAUCUUCCUGGUAUGGGGGGCGUGUUUAGGCUAGCGCCGCCUGUCACGGUUACUACCGAGGAGAUAGAAGAGGGUCUUCGGAUUCUAGAUGAGUCUUUCACCUCCGUAGUUGGAGAAUGGGCUAAGUAA